AUGCUUUCAAAGGCGGAACAGCAUCUCAGGGCCUGUGUGACAGCUAAACAUCAAUUGGCAUUGCCUAGUUUGCCACAGUCUUUUCCGCAGGAGAACAUUGUUGAAGAACCACCAAGUGUCUCGAUGAAGGACGGCUAA